CAUGGUGGAAAACAGGAACUAGGGUUUAUACUCAUCGGCGCAGGCUUUCGUCUAUCUUCUGGAAAGCGAAAAUGGUGAAGGGACGUCAAGGUGAACGCGUCAGACUUUACACCCGAGGAACAAUUCUCGGCUACAAAAGGUCGAAAUCGAACCAGUACCCGAACACAUCGUUGGUUCAAAUCGAAGGAGUGAACACGAAAGAUGAGGUAUCAUGGUAUCAAGGGAAACGCCUCAUGGUAACACCGGUAUUGUUCGUGCUAAGUUCACCUCCAAUCUCCCUCCUAAAUCCAUGGGGUCAAGGGUCAGAGUGUUCAUGUACCCAAGCAACAUUUAAGUUGGAGCAAGAAGAAGGAAGUAAAGUCUGGUUUUCAAGUGGUUUUUGUCAACAUAUUGCCUGAACUUCAGAAUUUCUUUAGUCUUUUUGUCAAAAGCAAUCCUCUUUUUGAGUUGUAGUACAAUUUUCUUCAUCAUUUUAGUUUUAUUUGAGAAUUUACAGUUGUUUUUUAUGAGUGUGCAUUGCUAAUUAUUUAUGAAUAUCAACUUUUUUAUAGGGGUAAAAUUUGAUGAUA